AUGUCUCUCACCGAUUUGGCUCAGGAAAUCUUGACUAGUGCCAAGAUGCUUGACGAACGAGGGCUUGUCGACCCAGAGUCCAAGCUUGGCUUCCGUAACCUAUCGCCAACAGACUACAAUAUUCGCUCACGACUCAUCGAUGCGAUACAAGAGUUGAACAGGCUAGCACUAGGCCCUACAGAGUAUCUGUAUUCCCUAUACAUGACUGGAUGCAUCCAGAUGGUGGGCCUGCACGCAGUUGCACGCUACAAUAUCCCACAAAAGGUUCCAAACGAUGGAAUCAAAAUCAAGGAUCUCGGAAAUGAGCUUAAAAUGGAUGAACAGAUUCUAGGCCGUUUGGUUCGGCAAGCCAUAGUCCAUGGGAUAUUCCAGGAACCAGAGCCAGACUUGAUAACUCACUCAAACCUAUCGCGUCUCUUGCGAGACGAUUCAGAUUGGCUUCACCUCGCUCAGUUCUAUACUGAAGAUAGUUGGGCAGCAGCUGCUCUGGAAUUGGAUGCUCUGGAGAAGUGGCCUGCAUCACACGACCCAUGCCAUACUGGUUUCAACUUGGCGCACAAAACGACAGAUCCGUUCUUCGAUGCGCUGGGAUCAGAUCCAAGCAGAUUGAAACGGGUAGCUGGAAUGUUUCGUGCUGUACAAACGAUGCUUCUUCAAGGCCCUGACAAACUUACCUCGAGCCCUCUGUGGAACGAAAUCGAUAAACCCGGAUCAAAAGUGGUAGAUAUCGGGGGUAACAGCGGCUAUAUCAGCCAACAGCUUGCAGAAGUCACGAAAGAUGUCUGUUUCGUUGUGCAGGACCGUCCAGAAGUGGUGCGCAUGGCGGAAGAACAGCUUCCGGCCGCUUUCAGGAGUCGCAUCUCUUUUAGAGCUCAUGACUUUUUCCACGAGCAGCCUAUCAGAGGCGCACAAGUCUACUUCAUUCGCAAGAUCUUGCACGACUGGCCGGACUACCUUGCGAUCAAAAUCAUACAGAACAUCAUUCCUGCACUCGCAGACGGAUCCUACAUAGUAAUCUGCGACCGAAUCUUGCCUGAUAGAGCUAGGUCCGGGUAUGAAGAGAAAGAAGCUAGAUCUUCAGACGUGAACAUGCUCCUGCAUUUGAACGGGCGUGAACGCACGGAAGACGAUUGGAAGAAAUUGUUUGCUGCCGCCGAUACUCGGUUGAAAGUAGAAUUCGAGUAUUGGGAGAGCAGCGCUCAUUGUCUGAUCAAAGCUCUCUGGUUGGGUUGA